AUGAAGAGUUUUAUUCUAAUUUUGCUACUCCAAUGUGUGAUUUUAAUAGUAAUUAGUCAACCAACAAAGAAAUUAACUGACAUUGAUGACAAAAGUAACAAAAAUUAUGGAGCACAGAGUUAUUCCAGCACUUCAAAAUCUAAGCCACACCCUUGCAGAACCAACCAAUACUUCGACGUAGACAAGGGCCAGUGUCUAAGUGUAUAUGGUGGUGGAAAAGCACUGUAUAUAAAUAAUACAAAAUCUUGUGGGACAAACGUAUUAAAACCACACUGUACCAAUCCAAGAUACUACUACCAGUGUAAAGAAGAUAAAACCAUUUUGGUGCAAUGUCCCCAACAUAGGCACUUCGAAAGUCGCCUGCAAAAGUGCGUUUUGGUCUCUCAUGAGGAGUAUGCUUCUACUCAGUUGAAAUCAAAUGCUUCCAAUCUUGCAAAACCUUUCGACUGCCACAAACAAGGCUCAUAUCCGGUCCCGAAUAACUGUGGUCUAUUUUACACUUGUACUAUAUACGGUUACCGAAUGUACCAAAAUUUCUACACGUGUCCAAAGAAUAUGGUCUACGACGCAGAAAUGGAAAUGUGUAAACCUUCCAGUACUUGUCAGCAAUCAAACCAACCUUUGUGUUCGGAUAAUAAUGGGAAGGAAAUCAUGACAUUAGAAGAAGCUGAGAAACCGAUGCACCCUUCAAAAAUGAUUUCAACGGGGAACAAUGAGAAGUCAAUGAUGUGCGAGACGAUAUUUACGAACGAUGAAGAAACUACGACUACAACGCCUUAUAAUGAUCAUGAAAUUAUAUUAACGACUGCUUCUUAUACCGAACCAUCCGUAUCUCAAUUCCCGGGCACCAGCGAUAGUAAUGCUAUUGUAAUCACAACGGAACGUGCUUCAGAAAUGUCACGUUCUACAAACAUCCACGAUUCGGUAGUAUAUACAACUGAGAUGUAUUCGACAAAUCCGAAAGAGACUAUGUUAAAUCACGAAGCAAAUUCGGCUACUGAAAUGGGAAGGAAUGAAGAAUCAGAAAUUACGACUUCAAGAGGACCUAUGGAGGAAGAGCAUAGUACAAUCGCAAUGGAGAAAACUGAUGAGCAAUCAAUUACCGAGAUUGGAGAUAUUAAUACUACACCGUUAAUUUUAGAUGAUCCAACAACUAGUAGUACAAAUGCAGAAGUACAACAAACGAGUGCAGAAAGAAAUUCGUGUGAAUCAUGUUUGGAAAUGACUACUACUGCAGAACCAGGUAUAGAAGAACAACAUACUGAAAUUGCAUCGACGACAAUUGGUCAGCAGAUAACUACUACUGCUGCACCAGCUAUUUCAGCUGAUCCAACAACACCCCAUAAGACAGAAAUGGAAGUACAAACGAAUACGGAAGGAAGAUCAAAUGAAGCUAUAACCACUGGAGAACCUGAUAUAGAACCACAACAUAUUACAGUUGCAUCGUCGACAAUUGGUCAGCUAAUAUCUACCACUGCUGCAUCAGCUACUUCAGCUGAUCCAACAACACUUUAUAAUACAGAAGCGGAAGUAGAAACGAGUACGGAAGGAAGAUCAGGAGAAAUUAUUACUACCAGAGAACCUGAUUUGGAAGAACAACAUACUAAAAUUGCAUCGACAAAAAUUGGUCAUCUGAUAUCUACUACUGCUGCAUCAACUAUUUCAGCUGACCCAACAACACCCUCUAAUACAGAACCGGAAAUACAAACGAAUACGGAAGGAAGAUCAGGUGAAAUUAUUACUACUAGAGAACCUGAUUUGAAAGAACAACAUACUAAAAUUGCAUUGACAAAAAUUGGUCAUCUAAUAUCUACUACUGCUGCACCAGCUAUUUCAGCUGACCCAACGACACCCUCUAAUAUAGAACCGGAAAUACAAACGAAUACGGAAGGGAGAUCAAGUGAAGCUAUUACCACUGGAGAACCUGAUGUGGAAGAACAACAUACUGAAAUUACAUUGACGACAAUUGGUCAGCUGAUUACAACUGCUGUACCAUCCAUUUCAGCUGAUCCAACAACACCUAGCAGUACAGAGACCGAAAUACAAAGAGGUACAGAAAUAAGUUCAACUGUACGAUCUCCAGAAAUUUACGCUACUCAGGAUCCUAUCUCGGAGGAACAACGUGAUGUGACUCCAGAAAGCGAAAUUAUUCAGUCGACAUCUACCGAAUUUGGAUCUACUGAUGUUCCAGCAGCUGUUUCAGUUGAUCCAACACUUAGCAAUACAGAGGAAAAUGUACAAAGAGGUACAGAAUUAAGUUCAGAUGAACCAUCUAAAAUUGGUACUAGUGAACAGCCUAAUGCGAAACAAGGAUGUAUUACUACCGCGGCGAAAAUUAUUCAGCAACCAACUACUAAUAUUUUAAGGGAUUCAACAACACCUGGCUAUACAGGAACAGAAACACAAGGAACUACAGAAGUAAUUCCAACUGAUUUAUCAUUGGGAGUUUCUAGCAAUGAGAAACCUAAUUUGGAAGAACAACAGAAUGCAUCAACAACAGAGGAAUCUAAGGAAGAGUCCACUACUGAAAUUGGAACCACUGAUGUUACUCCAAUUAUUUCAACUGGUACAACUAUGGCAAAUAAAGUAAUUACAGAUAGAAAUAAAAAAUCAGAGCAUGAUAAUAGAGAAACUGAUGAACAGGGAUCUGUUGAUUUUGCCCCAACAAUUUCACCAUCCACCGAAUCUGGUGAUGAAGAUGCAAUGUUUGGAUCUACUCAUCAUAACAAUUUAGAUAGAGUAACAAUUACUGAAUCUCCAAGUUUAGUUAGCACUGGUGGAGAACCUCUGUUGGAGGAUAAUAGUACAGCUGACGACAAUAUCGCAAAAAUAUCUACAAGAAUGUCAAAUGUUGAUGUAACUGAAAGCACGGAUAAGAUUUUUACCGAUAGCGUCACCAAUUCAGCGGAUCCGUCAUCGACGUUACAUUAUUCGGGAAAUGACUUUGCACUUUCCACUAGUACUGAUGCAGCAAAUUAUGUUGAUAAAAUGACUGAAAGUAUCAUAAAAGAUGAAAAACCUACGGAAAAUUUUACACCUCCGUUGAAUACUGUAUCAACAGAUCCAAUAUUUGUAGGAAACAAUGCAUCCGGAUCAACAACCGUUUCAGCAUCAAGUACUAUUGAUAACAGUUUUGUAGACUCGACGUCGACUGCCAUGUCAGUAACAACGUUUUCUAUAAACGAUGUUUCUGAAUCGUCGACACUUCCGGUACUUCCAGAACCAAGUACAAAAGAAAAUACGCUCAGUAAAAAAGAAGAAAGUAAUACAUCACCGACGACAGAGUCUAAUAUAAUGGGAACAGAUUUCUCUACAGAAGUAAACACAAUGUUUACAAUUCCUAACAAUAGUAAUUUAGAUAAUGUUGAACAUGUAACUGAAGGAUUUACUACUUCUUCCACUGAUACAAGUAUAAAUGAAACAGGUAAAUCGGUUUCACAAGAGGAUGGGUUAUCAACUACUACUACUACUAAAGAAAUGAAUACUGACAGUACAUCAAAUAAUACUACAAGACCAAGCAAAUUUAAUUUCAUUAAUAAGAAAUCACAUUUUAAAUCACUUUAUAGGCAUUUAUAUUCUUGGAUCGCAGAUAAGAAGAACGCAUUUCAUCAAAACAAAAGUAUUGUAGAAAAAGAUUCUAUAAAAGAUAAUACUAUCAUAGGCAUGAGGAUACAAGAGCUGAGGUAG